CGGUACUGCAUUUAUUAUCAUGGCCACAAUCAACUGAGAAAGCCAGAAGGAGAAUAAUUUUAAGAUAUAUAUAUAUAUAAUUUUGAUUUCAGAACCACCCUACAAUGCGUUACACAUUGGUUAUUAUUUUUUGGAGUAGCCUAAUAACUAGUGAAACAGAUUGUCGUGGUACUGCCAAUCACUCCUUUCCUCAUAUUACAAAACAACCACCUCAACAUAUCUACGCUCUACCAAAUGAACAAAUCUUCAUCCCAUGUGAAAUAGAAUGCUUGAAUUGUGGUAAUCAGGUGCGAACAAGAUGGGAAAAAAGUGGAUCAGAAAUUGUGAAUACAAUUCAUUCUAAAAACAAUACAUUAAUCAUCAAUUCUUACAAACCAUCUGUGCACAAUGGCUCGUACAUUUGCAUCGUUACAUACAAAACGCUGAGUGUCCGAAGUCUACAAUGUAAUGUCCACACUGCGGUUUCUCCAAAAUUUGCAAUUAAAUCAGAUUCUACAGUAGAAAAUGGCACCGCUGUCCUUAAGUGUAUUGAACCUGUUAGUUCAAUUAUGGAGAAGUUGCAGUUUCUUUGGUUUAAAAAUGGGAAGCAGUUAAAAGCAGACAAAAAUGUUGUAAUACGAGAUGUGCAUUUGUUUGUAAAGAAAGUGUAUCUAUCUGAUGCUGGAAAGUAUGCAUGCUGGUAUAAAUGGAAAAUAAACAGCACAUUUAUAAAAAGUCGUACGGUGGUCCUCAAUGUUACUUCAACUCCAGUUACUGUGAUACCAAGCAUAACCAUGAUUGCUCCACAACAUAGGAUCCAAGAAAAUGACCCUGUGGUUGUUGACUGUGUUGCAGGUGGCCCUCCUAAUGCUGAUGUUCGAAUUUUUAAAUUAAAUGAAGAUCAAGAUAUAGAAAUUAAAUUGCGUCAAGGAAAGGGUUUUGCAAGCCUUCAAGUGUCACACUUCUCAAAAGAACAUGAGGGAGAGUACAUAUGUGAAACAGAAGUUUCACAUAUGAGGAGAAGAAAAAAAAUGACACUUAAUCUCAUUGAUGAACCAAAAUUGGCUCAUAAUGGAAUCAGUCACAUAAAUACAAAAACCAGAACACGAGUUUCUUUUAGCUGCUCUCCAAACAGUAAAUCAGAUGUUUCUGUAACAUGGUAUCAUAAUACAGCACAAAUUAAAGAAAGCAGCUUCUUUGCAUUCGAUGGUGUGUGGAUGAGUAUAACAGACAUACGUAUGAUGCAUUCUGGGAUAUACCAAUGCAUAGUUGAAAAUCAGUAUGGCGCAGACAUGAAGAUCUUCUACUUGACUGUUGGUAAAUCAGGGCUUGCUCCUUUAAACCUGCAAAUUGAAAAACUGGCUCCUGACAGGGUGAAACUAAAAUGGUCUCCUCCAAAAAAUGCAAAGCUUUCGCAAAUCUUCUAUACAAUAUAUUGGUAUGCACCAGAUGGACGACAAAGAAACCAAGUUACUACGUCUACAGAGUUCCAAAUAACUAAUGGACUGUAUGGUGGUUUGAAUUACAAGUUUGAAGUGUGUACAUUUUUUACUGCAAAGCUUGACGUAAAAGACUGUGUGGAUGUCUAUACACCCAUGUUAGAAGCAACACCCCUGCAUGGGCCAGCUCUGGAUAGACCAAUACAUACUAUUGGACAGGAGGUUACCCUCAUAUGGAAGCCUAUUCCAAUUCAAUAUGCUCGAGGUAUCAUUAAAAAUUAUACUGUAUACUGCAACCCUUUCUUUGGCAAGACAAGAAUAAAGGAAAUUCAUCACUUCAAUGGAAACACUACAUCCGCAAAGAUACAUUUAAAUGGUUCUGGCACCUACAAAAUCUGGAUUGUAGCAAAAAACAAUGCAGGUCAAAGUCCUAACAGCAGCUCUUAUAUUAUUUCAACAGAGGAUAAUUGGAAUGCAGGGUCUGGUCAAAUUAAGUUUACAGUUAGGUUUUUCAUUCAUCCCAAGAGAUGCGCCAAAGUCCAUUGGAAGAUGCUGAACAUAAACGAAUCUGUGACGGGCUUCAGAAUAUUUUAUGUGGAAAUACCAUACACAGAUUACUGGAGUUCUGUGAGCACUGUUAAUGUGAGUCGAAAUGUGGAUAGUUAUACAGUUCUUGACUUGCCUAUGCAAAAAAAAUAUCGGUUUACAAUGGCUCCAGUGUAUAAGUGGACGAAUGGUCACCAAAAGGUAAACCAGUUGGGUAAAAGAACAGAUGCUAUACUUCAUAGAAGCUCAUAUAUUAAGCGUCAACUUGAAAGUGAAAUCUUUCAGCACGACACUGUGGAGAAGCCAUCGAAUUUUGAAUGCCGACCCAUGAACCUGCACAGUAUAUUGAUUUCUUGGGAUCCCCCUUUUACCAAGUUUAAGAUCACCGACUAUGUUGUUAACAUCUUAAAUGAGCGAACAAACGUCGAAAUGAAUUAUAGUACUACGGAUGAUUUCUUGACAGUUCAUAAUCUGACUGAUGUUUGGUACGCUGUGCGCGUUCGAGCAAAUAAUUAUUACAUAAAGAAUUUGACCUAUUUUGAGGCAGGAUACAUAUCCUGCAGGACGCGAGUGAAAGUUCCUACAGCACCGUUGUCUAAAAAAUACGAAUUUUUCCAAUCGAGAAAAGAUUCCGACAAUAUGAGAUAUAUGCGUAUCAAGUGGAAGCCACCGGCAUACACAGGUAAAAGCGUCUACUCGUACAACAUCAAAAUGGUGGAAGAAAGCACUGGAUUAUGGGUACAGUUUCCCUUUGAAAUGAAUUUCUACCAUCUUAUCAUGGAGCGGCAGACGGACGAGUGGGUUCGGUCUCCUGCAAUUUGGGUGAAAGGUUCUGGUCUGAUAUUAAAGGUGGAAAUAUCUGCCAUCAACGCAGCUGGAGAAGGGGAAGCAUUAAAAUUCGAAACAGUUGAAACUCGACCAAUACCGCAGAUUAAAACGACGUCGCUAACCAAACCUGAAAGCCAUUCGUCGGAGGGCUCGCCUAUCACAUUGGGAGUCGUAGUUGGUCUGGCAGUGUCAGCCAUUUUUAUACUUCUUUUUGUUGUAGUCUGCAUACUAAGAGACCCAUGCAGGAGUGCCCUCAGGACAGGGAACCCGAACAGGGACGAUGCAUAUUUAUAUUUAGAGAGGUUGAAAGAUCUGGAGACUUCGUCAUCUGCCCCGUCUACUGUGGUCACAUCCUAUUCAGAAUGUAGCGGUGAUAGUAGAAAAAGUAAAUUUAGUUCAACAGUAUAUAGAGGAUAUAAGUUAUUAAAUCCGUUUAAGCGGAGACCUAAACGCAGAGUCAGCAGAGGAGGUGGAGAGGACAUAAUGCUAUCUAGUAGUUCAUCAUGUUCCUGCUAUUCUCGCAGACAUUUUAUCGAUCGAUCACAAUGUGAUCAACAUUGUGUAUGCAACAAUAGUAUUUAUGCUUCGGCAAGUUCGGCAUCAGAAGAGAAAGAAUCGCCAGACAGUAUACCUGAAUCAUGUUCUUACAAGGCGAUUGCUUCGGAAUGUAGCAAUAUAAAAUCUGAUCGCGAUGGUAGAGAGUCACUGCUAUUAGAUCCGAGCCUGUGAAUAACAAGUUGUACAUAUAUGCAUAUACAAAAUUCUAAAAAAAAUUGUAAAUAUAUAUAUAUAUAUAUACAUAUGGAUAUAUAAGUGUUUUGUGUGCGUGAUUCGCGCCUCAUAAUAUGGGAGUCAUCAGGUAGUAUUUAUCUACUGUUUAGUUGUCAAAUGUAUGUCAAAAAUAUUUGUUUUUAUGCUUUGCUAUCUUUAUUUUUUUCUUUCGUUCUUUGUUUAAACAUGGUGGUUUUGUUUACCCCAGCAUUUAUUUUUUCGUCUAUCAUUCGAUUGUACCGUGCGCCGGCUAAUGGCGCUAGUUGUUUCUGUGUUUUUUUCUUACUCUAAACAUGAAAGGAGGAGUGCGCGGUGCUAAAUUACUUGCAGGUCUGAUCUCCACCGUUGGGUGCUUCUGUUAUCACUCUCUUUACUUUGUGUUUUCUAAAAUGAAGUUAUGUUAAGGGCAUGUACACAUGACGUAUCCUUUAUGACUGUUCAUCAACUUUUUUUGUUUUCAUUCUUCCUUACCUAACAUUUAUAUACCGAUAUUUUUUACAUUAGUUGAUUAAUAAUUUUUUUAAGAAGAAAAUCCGUUUUGUUUUAAAAAUGAAAAAAAUAGUUCAUAUUCUUGUUUUGAAACUUGCAAUAUCGGAACUUGAGACUAGCAUACCUUGUUUCCAGGGCUCUUUUUGUGUUGUGACAACUUUGAAUGAUUUUUAGAAAUGAAAAAGAAAUUUUGAGUUGACGUAGGAAAGAAUUCUGUGAUACACAUUUGAAGAAGUUCUAAUUUUAUGCAUGUACUCUUUUCGUGUGGGUUAGUUGUUAUCUAGAAACUUGUUGUUGUUAUGUCGGUACAAUAAUUUUUGUUGUUGUGUCUGUUGUUUCUGUACUGAGACUGUAUUAGAUUUUCUGCCAACGCGUUUUUGUCGACUCCCUUGUUUAACGGAAGGUUGGUGCAAUUUUUGUUCAGCUUGAAAACUGCUUCAAAAAAAUUGUCGAAGAUUUUUAUUGCUGUUCAUUAGAGCAAUCCUCAUUACCCGAGUUUCUGAUAGCGUCAUUGGCGUAUUAAUUGCGAGUGUGUUUUUGUUUAUUUGUCCAUCAAAUUUCCGUUGACGUCAACAUGUCGGUGACUUCACACAGAUACCACUUUUUUGUGAAAACACACUUAGCCAUCGUAAUUGUGAAAGAAAACAUACGUCGAUAAUCAAAUUCGCGUGUUGUGUAGAACGUGUAUAAUUGCCAACCGCAAUAGUGGGCAGUGGAGACCUGUUUGUUUUGUAUUCGUUUAUUAGCUAUUGUUGUCGUUUUUGUUGUUAUUGUCGUAUUUGUUGUAUUGUUGCUUUAGGAAGCAGUCCUCAAUAUCUCAGGUUGGCGCCUAUAUUUUAAAACAAGAUAAAGACUAAUAACUUUUGUUCAAGCAAGCUCUUUCAAUAUUUUACCUUGUUGCUUUUCCCCUAAAACUGUGUUUAAAAUAAAGCUUUUUGAAAUUUUGUGAACGAUUUCUAUGUAUUGAAAGACGCUUCUAAUUAUACUAUUUAUUUUGUUGUUGUUGUUGUUGUUGUUGUUGUUGUUGUUGUUUUUGUUGUGAUUUGUGAUUUGCUUUUUAAUUUUGAAAUUUCAAUGUAUUUCAAUUAUAUAUAUAAAAUGCUUUAAAUUCUUGCCAAUCACGAAUAAUAUUACAUUAAUAUUUUUUUCUAAUAAUCAUAAUUAUAUUCUCAGGCUAUACAACUUAUUGUUUUUCUUUUCUAUUUCUCAUUAGAUUAUAUGCAGAUUUAACACCUUGCGAAAAGUCAGCUAAAAAGAAGAGUAAAAAUUUUAGCCGGCUAAAAUUGCAGUCCCUUGUACAAAAUUUCGUCACUUUUUACGGGCAAAUGUUAUCAGCAAAAUUUUCUUUUAUAUGACAAUUUCAGCUACAAAAGGUAAACUGAAAAUAUCCGAAAUUCGUAUCCUUAAGCCAGGUUUCCACCAGUGCGAUAAAGCCUAUCGCCUGAUUUCGCACUGACAUUCCUUAGUACGAUUUUCUUAUCGCACUGGUGGAAAAGAGAAAGUAAAUAAAGUUUUGUUUGUGGAGGGAAAAGUACACUGAUGUCAAAAUGGUUCCAAAGGAAUAUUGUGUGAAAGCAUCAAUCUCUUCUCUUUUUAAAUAAAUAUAUCUGACCCAAAA